AUGGGGGAUCUGACUGAGCUUCUGUUCAUGGUUCUCCUGGUAUCAGGGCUUGGCCAUACACAGAGGAUAAAGAGAGAUGAAACUCCUCACUGCUGGAACCCUGAGGAAAUGGAGAGCCAGGUCAAGGGGCUGCAGAAGCUCCUGGGCAGGGCCAGAAUGAACCAGCUGCCCUCAGUGACCCUGGUUAAAGAGUUGGAGCAGCAGAAACCCCAGGGGAAGAAAGGCUGCCCCGAUCUCCGGCAAUAUUCCACACACAGCAGAGACAUCAGUCACCGCUCCAUCUCACCUUGGGCAUACAGGAUUGAUUACGAUGAGAAUCGAUAUCCUCCAAAAUUGGCCUUGGCUGAUUGUCUCUGUGAUGGUUGUAUUGAUGCGGAGAAUGGGGAAGAGAUGCUGUGGUUAAAUUCAGUGCCUGUGGAACAGACGAUGUUGGUUCUGCAGCGUCAGACCUGCCCUGGGCAUCCUGGCAUGUAUAGUUUCCAUCUGAAAUACAUCAAGGUGCCCGUGGGCUGUACAUGUGUCCUGCCCAAAAACAGCUGGUGA